AUGGGUGAUCUUUCAUGUGAAAUAACCAAUGAACCUCAAGAAGGAGUACUUAUCGCUCCGCCAUCAUCCGAAACUUCACCGCCCUCAGCCGCUACCGAGGCACUAGUGGAACCACAUAAAGAACAGUUAACGUGUAGCUCUCUGGUUGAAGUUGAAGUAUUACCAGAAUUUCCUCAAGUUAAAAGGAGGAUGUCGGUUUUUGAAGAAGAAAUGUUGGGUGUCUUGAAGAUGAUAGCCCAUAAGAUUAACAGAAAACCGCCUUCAAAACCAACAUUUGAAGAUUGUAUAAAGAAGUUGAAUGAGCUCGGGUGGCCCAAAGAUGAUCCGCUCCAACUAGUUGCACUCACGAUUUUUUGUGACAAAAAUGAUAACUAUAGGGAAUUAUGGAUGAAAUUAGACCCGGAUGUGUGUGCUAAUUGGAAUAUAGUUUUAUGUAGGGAUGAGCAUCGGAACCGGGUAACUGCUUUCGGAACCGGAACCGCCUUGGAACUGCCAGUUCCGAAACUGGAACCGCCUUAA